GGCAGAUUAAGGGUCGUGCGUAACCGUGGGUCCACCGUCCACGGGAGAAGAGAGGUUGGAAAUUGGAAGUUAUAAAAGGAGGCAGACAUUGAAAGUAUAUGCAAAUAGCAGAGGCAACGAUAGUGAGUAGUGAGUAGUGAGUAGUGAGUAGUGAGUAGUGAGUAGUGAGUACACUCUGAGAUGGCAGCAGCGAGUAGCAAGAUUCUGGUGAUCGGAGGCACCGGCUACAUUGGGAAAUUCGUGGUAGAAGCCAGCGCCAAGACCGGCCAGACAAAUUCAAGACCCUGGGGGUCAAUCUUAUUUCGGGUGAUCUGUAUGAUCACGAAAGUUUGGUGAAGGCCAUCAAGCAGGUGGACGUCGUCAUCUCUACCGUCGGAUAUGCCCAGUUAGCUGAUCAAGACAAGAUCAUUUCUGCCAUCAAGGAGGCAGGAAAUGUCAAGAGAUUUCUUCCCUCGGAAUUCGGGAAUGAUGUGGACCGAACUACCGCAGUUGAUCCCGCAAAGAGUGCAUUUGCUACCAAGUCCAAAAUUCGUCGAACCGUUGAGGCUGAAGGAAUUCCGUACACCUAUGUGUCUUCCAACUUCUUUGCUGGUUACUUUCUACCCAAUCUGUCACAGCCUGGAGCUACCUCUCCCCCAAGAGACAAAGUUGUUAUCCUUGGGGAUGGAAACGCCAAAUCUGUUUGGAACAAGGAAGAGGACAUCGCAGCUUACACCAUCAAAGCGGUGGAUGAUCCAAGAACCUUGAACAAAAUUCUCUAUAUUAGACCCCCAGCUAAUACCUUGUCAUUCAAUGAAUUAGUGUCUCUCUGGGAGAACAAGAUUGGUAAGACUCUUGAGAAGGUCUAUGUACCGGAAGAACAAGUCCUCAAGCAAAUUCAAGAGUCUGCCCCACCCUUGAACGUGGUCCUUUCUAUUACCCAUGCUGUGUAUGUGAAGGGGGAUCAAACUAACUUUGAAAUUGAGGAAUCUUUUGGAGUGGAGGCAUCACAGCUCUAUCCCGAUGUCAAAUACACAACGGUGGAUGAGUAUCUUAGUCAGUUUGUCUGAUAGUUGGGAUGUUUAUUCUAGGUGAAUUAUCUAAAUAACAUGUCAUGUAAUAGGGUGCUAUGUUCACCUUUAUUGAACCCUAUUCUAUUUUAUGCUGUGUUUUGCUAUUUUUAUUUGAAAAUUACAUUUAUACC